AUGAGUUGCAACAACAACUUCAACGGUGAGAUAACCGAGAUUCCUGGAGUAUACGUUGACAAGUUUAAUUCUAGAGGCAAACUAUUCUUUCUCACACACAGUCAUGAGGAUCACUUACAGGGAUUACUCAAUCAAUCAUUCUGCAAACGCGUUUACUGCUCAAAACUCACAAGGGACAUCAUCAAACUAGAUCCAAAGUACAAGAAUAAAGUCAAGUACCUUGUUGCAAAAGAGUUUAACAAUCCGUUUCAGUUAAGUACAAAUGCGUUUACUGUUACAGUCACAAUGAUUGAAACAUAUCAUUGUCCCGGGUCGGCUAUGUUUCUAUUUGAGACUGGAAACAGUGCUUGCCUUGUUACUGGCGAUAUAAGGGCUGAAGAAUGGUGGACAUCUUCGUUGGUGAAGAACCGGUACUUGUUUCCAUACAUCAAAGGAUUCAAAUCGCUAGACACUAUUUAUUUAGAUACUACUUUUGCAUACAGAGGAGAACCAUACAUAUCAAUACCUCCCAAUAGUGACGGAAUUGCCAACUUGAUAAACCUUUUGAAACUAUAUCCAGAAGGUAAGUAUGGUCCAAGCUGCAACCACCGGGGCAACAACAAUAAAAAGAAUGAUAAUCGCAAUAACAGUGAAAAUGAAGAGAAAGAAUGUAGAGAGAUUGCAUUUUCUUUUCUAAAUACUGUUUCUGGCUCGGAGGAGGCUUGGUUCCAAGUUGCUGACUAUUUCAAAACUGAUUUGAAAGUACCUAAAUCAAUUCGGAAAAGGAUUUCUUUGUUGGAACAGGCUCAGAGUCAUGAGCACCAUUACAAACAGCAACAGCACCACCAACAGCACCACCACCAGCAGCAUUCAUUAUCUUCUCAACAAGGAAGUAGGUUAAUUGCAGUAGGGGAUGUUGAAGCACAAGUGGUAAUUACAAUAAAGCAUGCAAUAAACUACACCAUCGGAGAGUACCAGGAAUAUUAUUCCCCUAUUGACAUGUCCUUGUUAAAUACAUCGCUUCUUGAACCAAAAGAAAAUACAAAGAGUGGACACUCAAUAUACGUUUACGAUAAUAGGCAGUACAUUAAGCCAAACACUGACUCUUUACUGAAUCAAAACCUGCAGCAUCUUCUACCCACAACCAUACUUCUUGUUUUCUCACGACACUCUUCAUACCAAGAAUCCAUCAACUUUGUGCGCCUAUUCAUACCCAAACUGGUCUACCCCUGUGUUUCUUCUGCCCAAUUUUGGAAAACAGGAUUUUCCAUAGAAAGGGUAUUUGGAAAAGUAUGUCUGUCUGAAUCACAUAGAUAUGAUAUAGAAAUGCGAAACAAAUACGGAGAGCCACUUGUAAACUUGGCCACACCAGUAACAUGCGUUGAUCCAUGGCACCAAAAUGUUUCUGAAAAGCCAUUUAAGGGACAAUUACAUUUCCAAACUAGUUCUGAAUACCAGACAUGGCGACACAAUUUCUUUGGAGAAAAUUUAAUCUCUGGUAGAAGAGAAGCACGGUAUCGUGAUAUUAUUCAAUAUCAUCAAAAGCAAAAGUAUGCUUAUGAAAGCGACGAUGACAAUGAAACUACUAUUACUAAUUCUACUAUUACUACUAAUACUACUACUACCACUUCAGAAACUCCAGACACGUGUUCGAAUCAAAGCUCGUUCAAUGAUUCCGGUAAGUCCACCAAAUCAUUACCUGAUCCAUUACCUGAAGCUUUAACUAAAGGUGACGCGACCUUACCCAAUACUGUAAUUAAUAACGUCACUAAAGAUUGUGAAAAUCAAACAGGUUUAAGUAAUUGGCAAAAGAAGCGCUUACACGCCUCAGUACAUUCGCAAGAACAAACUCUAGUUUCCCCUUUACUCAAUCACAACCGCAUUGCAAAGAUAUCCAAACAAUUGAAACAAGACCGACGUAAUUGGAAAAGAUUCAAGCUCAAGUGUUUGCAUAGUUGA